UGCAGCUUUAUUCCUCAGCUCCUUCAAUGGUGACUGACUACCUCCUGCCGGAGCUGGCAGACAGAGCAAGAAGGCCCCGCUAGGACCGGUUUGCAGGACUGAUCCCCGGCAGUUCCAUGGCAUCUCCCCGAACCAUCACCAUCGUCGUGCUCUCUGUAGCCCUGGGGCUCUUCUUCGUCUUUAUGGGGACCAUCAAACUGACCCCGCGGCUGAGCAGAGAUGCCUACAAUGAGAUGAAACGAGCAUACAAAAGCUACGUGCGGGCCCUCCCCAUGCUAAAGAAGAUGGGAGUCAGCUCCAUCCUUCUCCGUAAGAGCAUUGGUGCCCUAGAAGUGGCAUGUGGCAUUGUCAUGACACUGGUGCCUGGUCGCCCCAAAGAUGUGGCCAACUUUCUCCUCCUCCUCCUUGUGCUGGCUGUGCUCUUCUUCCACCAGCUAGUGGGGGAUCCGCUCAAACGUUAUGCCCAUGCCCUAGUCUUUGGUAUCCUGCUUACCUGUCGUCUGCUGAUUGCCCGCCAGCCUGAGGAGCAGCUGCCAGAAAAGAGGAUCCUGUCAGUGAAUGGGGAUAAGCAGCCACUCAUCCAUGAAGCAGCUCCUGAGAAAGGCAAAAUGAAGGUAUCCUAGUUGAAUGCGUGUGAGAAAUAUGGACCCUCAAGGCAGCUCUCUCCAAAAUCACCCAGAAAAUUUGUGGUUUUAUUUAC